UGUGAUGUGAGGCUUGAGCAACUAUUGCUGAAACUGAAGAUGGAAGAGGGCCAGGGAAUGUGGGCAGGAAAAUAGGAUUCUUCCCUAGAGACUUCAGAAUGGAAAUCAGCAUUUCCGCCUGGAUUUAAGCCAGUGAGACCCAUUUGUGACUUCUGAGCUACAAAGCGACUCACUUUGUAAUAAUGUGUUAUGGCAGCAAUAGGAAAACUAAUCUACUUUCCACACACUAAUUUCAUGCUUUUUCUGUGGUGCCUGUUUGUGUUAGUGGCAGUGUAUAAAGUAUAAGAGAGGAAUAGAAUUAUCAUGGCUUUUUUAUAAUACCCGGCUAAUAAGCAGCAUCCUCCCCAUGCAAUGAACACCACUCUCAAAAUGCAAUUUCAAUAAACAAUUAUGGAGCCCACAUUCAAUGGAGAACAGCUAGUAACGUCCCUCUCUCAGCCUGGACAAUUCCCUCAACUCAGCCAGGAUCAACGCCUCAGCUGGGCACAUCCCAUGCUUCUCUCGUUUUCUACAAUUAUUCAUUCUCCUGUAAUUUGGGGGUGGCCUUGUUCUACAGCUCAGAAACUUAUUAGAAAUUGGUGGAUAGCAUGGAGAUACUCAGGGCUAAUAAAAAAGUUGCUUCAUGAUCUAAACUGACAACCAUGACAACAGGGAGGAAAGAGAACGUCUUUAACCUCCAUGUCAGAUUUCACAGCUGAUAUGAGCAUCGGGGAAGAUGUAAGUUUGCAACGCUUUUACAGAGGACUGAAACCAGCAUUGGGAAUGGUAUGAUACCUCUACUAAGAUAUUAGAGGGAAAGAAGAUAAAAAUCACAAACAGGUACUGAAAUGGAUUCUGUAUCCUGUGGAGGUGCUGGGUUUUCUGCAAUAAAGAAUUGGUUUGAUUCACUUUCGCUAAGAUUCAUUUCACGUAUGUAUGCCUAGUAUUCUCUUGUCAGCCUCCAGUAGUGUUGGUAAAUGUAGGAUUCCACUGAAUCCGUGGCACCAAAAUCCUCCCUUUCCUAACUGCCAAGGCACUCUGCCAGGGCUGAUAUCCUGCCAAUGGAAGUGAAGUGCAAAAACACUCCCUGAGAAGGAUGUGAUUAAAGGUUGGUCCACUCACACUUAGAAGUUCCUAAGAGUGGCAGGUGAACUGGACUUGUCCUCAAGCUACCAACAUAUUCUCUUCUCCACAAGAGUGGACUCAGCUAAGCAAACAUGAUCCCUGGGUAAGAAGGGCACAAAAUUGGGGCAGAGUUCCAGAGCCUGUCACAGAAUCCCUCCUAAGGAAAACCAAAGAUCAGGAAGAAAGAAAGAAUACAAAACUCUAUGCCCUUACAUGGUGUUCCAGUCAUGGACUCUUCAGAAUAAACGACAGCAAUAUGUCCUAGAAAUCAGGGAAGGAAUGGGAAGGACUGUCAUCAUUUAAAGGGUAAAACCUCUGGGGAAAUGCCUCUUCCUAUUAAAAAUCAAAGAACCUCCAUAAGUUGGGAAUUGCCACAGUCAGCACCACCUCUGGAUACGGAGGUGUGGAAACAGAUGGGUCCAGGACACUAGCAAAAAUGCCUAAAUGGAUUAGGGCCAUGAAGCCGCCCUUUGCUUUUAUAGUCAAACAUGAGAAUUUUCCUGACCCUGCCAUGGGUUGUAAAGGAAAGAAGACGUUGCUCACAUUGAACAUUCCUUCCCUUCUGAGAGGUAGAAACACUACAAACACUAAGGGAAGGCACCAUUGUGCAGGGAGUAUGUUCUGCAGAGGAAAAGCCUAGUGGAAGAGCAAGAAUAUAAAGCCAUACCUCAUUUCAAUAGGCCCUCAGUCACCACCAAAGUACAUUCUUUAGAUUUCUCCAUGAACGAUGUGCAAUCCCACAGGAUAUUUACAGCAGUGCCAGAAGAUAGCCAUUAUCUGUAGACAUAAGAUUCAGAUUGUUCAGAAACUUGCUUCCAUAGGUAUUACCAAGUAUUCUUUUUAGAAAAAAAAUUCAGUUAUCCCUCAGACAAUUGGAGCUUGUUUUAGGUAGGAGAAGGUCUUGAAAUCUUAUGAUCCCCAUGGGUAAAUGGAAGACAGAAAAAUAAGUAAAGGCUUGAGUAAAGGAGUUGGCAUGCAGAAGACCACUGCUAGUUCAUGAAGCUUUGAAAUCUCUUUUUAUUCUGUUCACUCUAAGCAGGGUCUUGGAAGGAGCCUGUGAACAUGAAGGAUCCCAAAAUUGAAGCUUCAUAAGCUUAGUAGAUCAUUCCAAUCUGAAAAAAGUCAUAUGUCAUUCUUGUUAGGAUGCCUAUUUAAAUACGCCUUUAAUUGCUCAAUAAAAAUGUACAAACACAUGUCUCAGACAAUCCGCAAAUGUGAACAUAGAAAAGUUUAGCUAAAAAAUAAAAUUAGUCAAAAUUUAAGAUAAAUACAAACUCUUUAUGUAUGAUAUCAUAAACUUCUGUUUCUAUCUGUGUCUAUUUAUUAAAGGUCACAGAAUAUUUUUUAUGAUAUAGAAAGGUUUGUUUGGCAGUUGUAAAGGUGGAUAAGUAAUAGACCUGAAACAAUGUAAAUUUUCUAUUUAAAAAACUAUAUUUGUUAGACUCUCAGAGUAUAAAAAUGCAUUUAUCAUUUAAAGCUGUUGCUAGAGUUACAAACAUAGGUUAUAUUUACUCAGUGAUCUUGUAAAAAAUAACUGUGUAGGCUGGGCGUGGUGGCUCAUGCCUGUAAUCCCAGCACUUUGGGAGGCCGAGGUGGGUGAAUCAUGAGGUCAGGAGAUCAAGACCAUCCUGGCCAACAUGGUGAAACCCAUCUCUACUAAAAAUACAAAAAUUAGCUGGGCAUGGUGGCACAUGCCUGUAAUCCCAGCUCCUCGGGAGGCUGAGGAAGGGGAAUCACUUGCACUAGGGAGUCGGAGGUUGCAGUGAGCUGAGAAUGCGCCACUGCACUCCAGCCUAGUGACAGUGAGACUCUGUCUCAAAAAAAUAAAUAAAUAAAAAAUAACCAUGUGAUUAUCAACUCAUGGCCAUGUUACAUUUAAUGCAGCCAGUGAAGGAAAGACAGCAGCAGCUUCUUCUGAUAAAAUUAGGAACACAGGUAAUAGCAGUCUGCCUUAUAAAGUAACUUGAAUACACUUAAAUAGAAAGAGAUAUAAACAAAAGGAUCAUCUGUGGAAUCUGCUAUAAACUGUGAUAAGGAAUUUGUCUCUAUAAUAAGGGUAUUGGAAAGCACAGUGCAUUGAACACAUAAACUAAUGCUCUUUCCCAAUGUCCCAAUAAAAUUACAAUAAAGAAGCACAAAGGAAAUUUAAUAUCCAAGGAUCAGGAGAAUGAAACAAGAGACGACAAUAGCAAUAAAUGUAAACAAGACUGUGGAAUUGGAAUAACAAAUAGAAAAAUAACAGAGUUUAUGAAUCAGCAAAGCCAAAAUCCGACAUGAAAAGAGGAUGGUGGUGCCACAAUUUUCACCAGAACCCCUGGAAAAUUGGUCCUAUAUGAACAUUGCAUUUUCCUGUGCAGAAAUUCAUAUGUAUAUACAUUUUAGUGCAUAUUCUGCAUCAAAGUUAGUUUUCAUCCACUAAAUCCUGUGCAUUUCUUGCUAUUUGAUCCUAGGUAUUUUAUAUUGUUCUCAUGAAUAAGCUCAUUCUCUCAUCUCUCAUCUCUCUCUCUCUCUCUCUCCCCCCCCUCUGUCUCUCUCUCUCUCUCUCUCCUUGUGUGUGUGUGUGUGUGUGUGUGUGUGUGUCUUUUUGCAUUGUCUUAUACUGUUACCUGUGAAAUGUAUGUCUUAGAGAAAGUCACUCAAUCACAUUAAGAUUUUAUUUCUAUUUUUGAACAGUGAACAUAAAUGCAAAAUACCCUCAAAGUGCUAUUGUAAGGACUAAAAGAGCAAGGCAUCUGAAACAUCUACCAUACAAGGUAGAAAGGAAUAAUUAAUAAACUUCAGCUAUAUAGCCAUGCAUGGGUAGAAAUAUAAUAUAUGAUGUAGACAGCAAUUUGGUUACUAAAGCAAACUUGAUUAUUCAGUAUUGCAUAGAGACAAUUACAUAUUCGUGAUUUUUAAAUGAAUUUUAAAUCUCUAUCUCACAGCAUGGGCUUCCUCACAGCAUGUGGCAGGUUCCAUAAAGAACAAUUUGGAAUUGCAUGGCAUUUCUGUGAUCUGGACUCAAAAGUCACAAAGUAUCACUUCUGAUAUAAUCUAUUGGUCAUGACAGUAACGAAGUUCUACCCAAGCUCAAGGGGGUAAAACAAGAACUCAUCCCUUCAAGAGAGGAUGUCAAGGCACCAUUGUAAGAAGAAAACAUUAGAAGAAUGAUUCUAUCAUGAUCAACUUUUAAAAACACAAUAAGCCACACAUCCCAGUUUCCAAGAUAAUAAAUAUGCACACAAGUGCAUUUCAAGUCAACAAAAUAUAGCAAUAAUUUGUGGUUCGUAGGCAGAAGAGACAACAGCUUAUGUGAGAGAAUAGGCGUUUAAUGCCUGAGUCACUGAUUAAUCACUUUGACAAAUUCCUCUUUUCAAUGUAUCAGCUUGCCGACUUUGUACGUCAUCAGUAAAAUAUGUUGGUGACAUACACUGCUUCAUAUUUCUUAUAAGUUGUGAGCGCACUUCUCUAUGAACUUAAACGAAGUAUAACUGAAAGUUGAAGAACAUACUCUGACAUUGUGAUGGCACUGGUGAGCUGAGGCUACAGACACUUGACCUUAGUCUGAUGACCAAUGCCUUGUACAGCCCCAACCACUGAGGAAGGAACACCAUCUCUGGGGAUGGGACACAGGUGACAUCAUGCAGAAGACUGAAGGCUGUGUAAACAGUAUACAAUUUAUCUUUUCUUGGACAUCUCUCUAACCAGACUCACUCUUGAUUUUUAAAAUUUUAUAUCCAUUGUGAUUAUAAGGAUCAAAUGUAGUCAAGGUAAAAGGGCACACACAAAUGCUGCAACGCUAAUAUGUCACCCAAGGGAAACGCGGGUAGUGUGGAUUAAGGAAGUACAUACAGGAUCUACAUUGACAGGGUUUUGUAAUCAGAAAAGAAAGGAAUUAAUUCCUCUGACUAUCUUUACAUAAAUGUGAGGAGUAAAGCAGAAUACUAGAAGAUUUUUUGAAGUGAUUAUGAUUUUAAACAAACAUGUUCAUUCAGGAAAAUACACUUUUUCUCACCACUCUUGUUAAAAGUCUCAGGAAAAUGUAACCUUGAAAAUAUUCUAAGAGAAAGUUGAUUUUGUUUUCUGAACCUAAUUUCCUCUUACUCUGUAGUAAAGAAAUGAAUGAAUGAAGAGCAAGUAAUCAGUGGAGCACAGUGGGCAAGAACUCAGCUCUGAGAACUGCCUGCCUUCCAUUCCCCUUACUACCUUUUCACCAACCUAGGCAUGCACCAGGGUCAGCUUAUCUACAAGAUUAAGACAAUAAUACAAUCACACCUCCCUGAGAUUGAAUAUCAUACCGUAAAUGCCGAAGAAAUGUUUUCUGUUAUAAUCAGUCUUUGCUGGGUUACAUGGAAAGGACAUAAACACACUCAAAUAAUUGUGAAAUAUGUAUUUAGGGAGCAUCAAUAUCAAAUAAAAAUAUAAAGAUGACUAUCAAACUAGUGUAACCAAAGUUUUUAGACAAGUCAAAGCAAAGCUGAAUUUUCAAACACAACUGCAUUAUCAGAAUGGUUAGUUUAUCCAAUGAACACAGUAAGCUGAGGAAGAUUCUGCCUUCUGUUCCAUUCAGAGAGCUUCUGUGUGGGUAUGAGAGAGCUGAGGCAUGAAAUUUGGGUCUUAUUACAAGGGCAGAAGAAAGUUCUAAGAGCAUCUGAAGCACAAAAGUGUUAUGAUCUAAUUUCUACUGUUAAAUCAUCACUCUGAGUGAUGUGAGGAGAAUUGACAGGGGAUGUGCUGGGGUAGAACGUUACCAAGAGCAGCUCAGCAUGUGAACGUCCUUCAGGAGACAGCAUCACGGCCUGAUCUAUCACCUUCUAGUAAAGAUUAUGCAGGUGAUUCUGUUUGGGAUGCCUGUUGAAAGUGGAGGCAACUUAAUUUGCUAAUGGUCAGUGACUGAGGGGAGUGAGGAUUUCUGAACCACUAAACACCUGUUAGUGACUUAGAAACGGUUGGGAGCUCUUGCGGGAGCUGAACUGUGUUUUCUAAAAUUUCAUAUGUUGAACACUGUUACUUCAUACCCUAAGAAUAUGAACAUCCAUAGUCGAAAGCAAGUGGAGUGCUGAGGGCUGCCACUCACCUCUAGGUGCCCAAGCUCCUGCUGCAGUCCUGCUUCUCCCUUCCACCCACCCUCACUCACAGACACUGUCCUUUCAGUUCUUCCAUCCCUUCUAUUUUUGUUGUGUCUGGAUUGCAUAGCUGAUAUUUAUGCUUUCUUGAUACACUUUACUCACUGCUGACAUUGGAGAAGGUCAGCAAAAGGGCCUGAGGUGAGAGACCUUUAGGGGCAUUACCUGUUCUCUUCCUGUACUCUCCUCUAAUGUCAAGUCUUGCAUCAGGUCUGCGGCAACCUCAGUCGGCCACGUAAUCAGGCAAUGUUGGCUUGGCCUCUUUGCUGCUCCUUGUCCCUGACACUCUUUUGUUACCCGAUGGUGCAACUUAAGCUACCAAGGCAGGAUUGCUCAUCUCCAUUUCCUAAGGAAAAAAGUGACCGGUGAGACCAGAGACACAAAUCUCGAUAACACAGUGGGACCUGCUGGCCCAAGCAACUAUUCUCUGCCUAAGAUAAAGUUCAUGAAGCCCAACUAGAACCAAUUCACUUCCUACCGAACCAGAGAAGAAUUGCCAAUUAAUAAUAUAUUUCCCCUUCAAGUAUGCCUAUAUUUAUGCCAGGGAAAAUAGCAAUCUUCUUGGUUCUCUUGCAAGGGCAAAGUUAUGUAAGCAAAAUGUUUUGUAUUAGGAAGUCUUCCUGUACUAUUACCUGUAACCCUUCUGAAGGGCCAGACCAGAUCCUCAUCUGCACAGCCCAGGAUCUCCUCAUCCACAGUGGUCAUGAGGUCUGUCUUUAUGAUUUACUGUCACACAUCCUCUCUACCCUCAUCAUACCUCCAACCAAGCUGUCCUCAAUUAACACGUUAUACACAAAUGUGAACAAGUGCACAAGACACACGGAAGGUCCAAGUGGUAAAAGGCAGUUGUUGAUACUGACUCACCCGUAUAUUCCAUGAACUGAUGAGACCGGAUUUACUUGGUAGAACAAUCAGCAGCUGAAACAAGAGCUACUAACGCAGGACUCUGAUAGGGCUUUUGGAAACACAACGUUUAUUGUGAAAUUACACAGACGAGAAUGAAACAAAGAUGGUGACGAGUACUACAGCCUAUUACUUAGAAGAUUAAAUAAAGGAAACCUUAUCAAAUUUGUUGGGGAAAAGCCAGAUAUGUGAAGAAAAAUAUACAUAGUGAGCUUGACUCAGAAAAUGAAAUAUGAACCAAGAAGUACCAGAAAGAACAUCAAGAGGGAUGCAUAUGGGAAUAUUGUAGAAAAACUACUGUUUGUGGAAGAACAGUCUGAGAAAACAGGUAACACGGACACUGACUAAACCAAGAAAACCUCUACAAUGCAAUUGAGCAUUGACUGGGUGGUAUCUGAUUACCUUAUUUGAAUGCAAAAUUGUGACCAUUUAAUUAUCAGUGGAGGGAAUUCAAAUAAUUUCUAAGAAAAUGAAGCUGAGGGUGACUUUAAUGGAAUGUUGUAGAGAAAGGGAAGAGCAUGAAGGAAGUUUUGGUGAUGUGACAUCAUGUGGCUCCCUCAAGGAACUGUGUGUUCAGUUUCCUCAGUCUAGGAAUAUCCUGGUGGUUUCUGUGUCCAUUUCAGAUUAAUAACCCCUGAAGAUACUUUGAAAUACACAAUUUUGGCCUUCCUGUGUGGCACGACACCAAGCCUUGCCUGAGCUGAGUGAGAUCCAGAGAAGUUUGGACAAUUCGUGUAGCCUGAGCAGGCUGCGGGGCAGCUUUCUGUCAUCUUUGUGUGCCCAGGAGUGUGCUGUCCUCACACAUCUCACAGUUAGCAGAAACCAUCACUAUCACAUCAAAAAUGUAGCUGAAUGGGAAACAAUCUGUACACACACAUCACAAGAGAUGGAUAUAGGCUCUUCAAAAAGUCAAAGAUACUGACCAUCUUCACUGCUGGCAGUAGCUUUUCUCCCCACACACAUACACAUAGCAAUAAAUACUACAGUGAAAAGCAGAGAAUAGUCUUGUCAAAAAGAUUGAAACUCUAAUGGUAUGCGAAGUUCAAUUAUGUCACAGUGCUGAUUGCUUGGACACAGUUCCUUUAAAACCUUUGUUCAAUUCAUAGUUGUACCUUUUAGAAAUAAGACACAAACAACAUCCACCCAACACAUCCCUCUGGGCUAUAAUCCCAAAGGGAAAUAAGGGACACACCUGACCUGCAGUGAGCAAAGCAGAACCCAGUCUCUGCGUGGUGAGGUCCAUCCAGUGUGGAGCUCAAAGGCGACAUUGUUCUGCUCCUCUGUAUAAAGAGAGCUGCCAUGUUGCUCCCAGCACAGAGUUGAGGGCAACUCCAGACCUUCUUGCAAGAUGCUGCUGAUUCUGCUGUCAGUGGCCCUGCUGGUCCUGGGCUCAGCUCAGAGCUUAAGUGAAGAUGUCAGCCAGGAACAACCUCUCUCCCUAAUAUCAGAUGGAGGAGACUCAAACCAGAGCUCAGAGGAGAAGCCUCAGAGACCACCUUUUGGAGGACACCCACCUAAGCCCCCUGCUGGUAAUGGAAGCCAGGAUGAUGGGCCUCAGCAUAGACCACCUCCACAAGAAGGCAACAAGAUCCCCCACCUCCUCCAGGAAAGCCACAAGGACUACCCCCACUAGGAGGCCAUCCCCAGAGGCCUCCCCCACCUCCUGCUAGAAAGCCCCAGGGACCACCUCCAUUUCCUCAAGUGGGAAGACCACCCAGAUCUCUUCAGGGACCACCCCCCAAGGGACCGCCUCCCCAAGGACCACCUCCCCAAGGACCACCUCCACCUCCUUAAGGGGGAAGACCACCCAGAUCUCUUCAGGGGCCACCUCCCCAGGGGCGGCCUCCCCAAGGACCACCUCCUCAGGGGCCGCCUCGCCAGGUGCCACCUCUCCAGGGACCACCUCUACAUCCUCAAGGGGGAAGACCACCCAGAUCUCUACAGGGACCACCUCCCCAGGGAUCUCCUCCACUUCAAGGGGGAAGACCACACAGAUCUCUCCAGGGACCGCCUCCCCAAGGACCACCUCCCCAAGGACCACCUCCACCUCCUCAAGGGGGAAGACCACCCAGAUCUCUACAGGGACCACCUCCCCAGGGAUCUCCUCCACUUCAAGGGGGAAGACCACACAGAUCUCUCCAGGGACCACCUCCCCAAGGACCACCUCCCCAAGGACCACCUCCCCAAGGCAACUGGAAAUAGAUGCCAUACUAUAAUCCCAUUCAGGAGAAGACUGUGAAAGACAGAAGUGAAGAGAUGGAGAAUGAAGAUGGAUAUAUGAUGCUGAAUUUCAAGAAUCAUUGUAAAUCCAAGCAGAAAUCUAAAGAUUUCUUCCUAUGUCCACGAUGUUACUGUCUUCUGCUCAUGCUUGGAUGCGUUGGGACCCUUAUUUUCAUUAUGACAGUGACUGACCUGUUCUGGCAUAAAAAAAUGGAUUUCUCUCAGAAUGUAAAUAUCAGCAGUCUAUCAGGACAUAAUUAUUUGUGCCCAAAUGACUGGCUGUUGAACCAAGGGAAAUGUUACUUUUUUUCAACUUCUUUUAAAACGUGGAAAGAGAGUCAACGUGAUUGCACACAGCUACAGGCUCAUUUACUGGUGAUUCAAAAUUUGGAUGAGCUGAAGUUCAUACAGAACAGUUUAAAACCUGGGUAUUUUGGUUGGAUUGGAUUACAUGUUACAACCCAAGGAAACCUAUGGAUGUGGAUAGAUGAACGCUUUUUAGUUCCACAAUUGUUUUCAGUGAUUGGACCAACUGAUGACAGGAGCUGUGCCGUUAUCACAGGAAAGCAGGUGUAUUCUGAAGACUGUAGCUCCACAUUUAAUGGCAUUUGCCAGAGAGAUGCAAUCUUGACACACAAUAGAAUCAGUAGUGUGUAAAUGUGCAACAAAAUGUAGAAAUACUUUACAUGUUAAAGCAGAGCCAGAUUUUAAAGACUUGGGUUUUUUUGGGUAGUUUCUAAAAGAACGUUUCUGCUAACAGACACCAUCUAAAAAGAAGAAAAGUAUUUCGUCCUAAAUUGACUAUUAAGACAACUUCUGAACAGAACUUUUACUCCAUACUUGGAUUUUUGUUUUGUCUUUUCCAUGGCUGUGCAAUAAAAGCUAAAUAAAAAGGUAACAGUUAUUUAACAGUUUCAUACUUUUUGCAUUUAAAAUAGCAUAGAAUAAGACUUUAAAGGAAUGUUAUUUAACUAUAUGUGCUGUGUAAUAGAUGAGAAGGAAAGAAGCAACAUAUGUAUAAAUAUAAUCGAAGCAUGGAAUAAUUGUGAAUUGUUCAUUUGUGCAUUGUAGCCUGAAGUGCUUGGUGGGGAGUAGGUGUUGAGAAAUAACCUAAUUGGUAUCAUGCGAACUAAUCAGGUGAUGGAUAAACUGAAGGCUCAGACUUCACCACUAUGUGAUACAUCUAUGUAACAAAAUUAUACUCGUACCCCUUAAAUUUAUACAAAUAAAAUAAAAUAAAGUCAUGUGGCCAAAUAUUUAAACAACAGAAAAGAAUAAAAGCAAAUCUGUGCAUGUAAAUAAAGAAUUGAAAGAAAUAUGUAUGGAUGUUAACAGUGACUAUUUUUUUUCCUUUAGUGAAAUACAAAUGUAUUUAAUUUUCAAUCCAAAUAUAAAAUGUUAACAUAAUGCUUUUAAAUAAAAAAAUACAAUAACUCAUU